AUGAGAUCUCCCGCGAGAUAUGUGUCCGCGGACAUGCAGCGAUCGCGAGUUGUGUACUCUGGUCCGCAGGAGCCCUAUGCUCUGGCUUUUGAUAUGAGCUGGCCGCCGACAACAACAUAUCAUGACGUGAUGGACGAUAACCAGCUGAUAUAUUUGGCAGUUGUUGGGUUCCACCAUUCUAAAGGAUAUCAGAUCGAGUUCUGCCAUCCCCCCAUACGGGAAGCCGACAAAUUAUGGAUGACAUCUUAUUUGGCACCCAUCGGCCUGCCAGAUGGAGCCCACAACUUUGCUUCGGAUACGGUGUAUUUCCGAUUCGGGAACGCAGAAGAAUGUGCCAUGUGGGGGGUGUGUUCCUACAAGCAGGUGGAUUCAGCUUCAUACAAAGAGAUGGAUCCUGAAGUGACGCGGAGUGCGAUCCAAAAAUCGAUAUGCGUGGUCGGCCAGAGCGGUCGGAACUUCAACCCGGCCUGGCGUACAAUCGCAGCCAAACUUGAGCCCAUCGCUCACGCUUACAUUCAACAUCAGGACACCGCCAUUCUCGAGGGGGUUUACGAGGGUCUCUGUCAGGUAGGAUCAUGACGGGACUCGAUAUCCGUUGUUAGUGAGAUCAUGAAUCCCCUCAAGACCCUUGUCGUGGGAACCGUGAAUGAUCUGCUUCUGGAGAUGCGCACCGUCCUGUUGAAAUACGAUGUGCAAUUACUGACUCUACUUAAGUUGAGGCUGCUGCAGCGGAAAGUACUGUUCCUCACUUCCGACCAACCGACAAACGAGAUGUGUUCCGAGAUUCUGGCUCUCGAAGCGGCCACGCCAUUCGGCGAUAUGUGCUUCCCCUACAUAACUCUGUCGAUGAUGGAAGAUCCAAUCGUCACGAGGGCGCAGAGUUUCGUCGGGGCUUCCAAUAGACUAUACAAGCAGAAGUGGAGAGAGCAGUUCGACGUGCUGGUGGAGGGUGGGAGCCUCAGUUUCGCUGACAAGGCUCUGGAGAAAAUCGUCAGUCCGACCCAAGCGGAUCUGAGGUUCGCGGACUGGUUACAGAGGACAUGCCGGCAAUCACGGUGCCAGUGGGAGGGAAGCGAAGAAUGGCUCCGAUCGCAAUUAAACUCAUAUUUCUGCGGAUUGAGAUUAGUUAUACAAGAGAAUAGUAAUUCCGGCUCCCUCAGCGAAAAACUUUCAUCUGCAUACGGAACGGCGUUCGUCCACGAAGUCCAGAAAAGUGAUGAGGUCGUUCGAUGGCUUCAUUCAUGUGUCGAAGAAGAAUCGAAACCCGGCGGGCCGAUUGAAGGCGGCCAUCCGGGUUCGGGGCAGCUCUCGCUGCAGGAUGUGAAACUCCGUCUCGUCCACCACGCCAAAGGACUGAUGGCACAUUUCCACAACUCGUGAUUAGCAGUCGACAAUCUGUCUCUUGCACAAUAUUUCGCCGCGGCGUAGGAGAGAGUACGAAUGAUUCCUGUGAAAAAGUUCCAGUGACAUGUAUUUAGGAAUAGGCCCUUAGGUUGAUUAGUCGAGGAGAAUCGAGGGGGAUACACCUUGAGGCGUCUGUGCUCGAGCAACGGUAGCUUAGAAAUUUAAUGAGGAUAACUCCGGAGUUCCGGCGAAUUCCACGCAGGCCGACGGAACUUGUGAAUGUGUACUAGAAAUCGGCUGCGAUCGCAAAUGCUUCGAUCUGUCCUGACGGGUGUGAAUGCUUAUUCGCCUGCUAUUCGUGCGCUUGCUCCAUGAUCGUCCGCUCUCCCACUUAUGAGUCUUGUCUCGUUGUCAUAUGUAUACUUUUCCGAUACGAGGGAGGAGCAUCCCUGCCAGAGGCCUUUGAACAAUGAGCAGUUUCAGAGAUUCGAUGAGAGAUGAGCGGGCCCAUCGGAUAGGAGAAUAUGAUUACUCUUAUCUGAUCUUCACCGGUGAAGAUCUAAAUCCAACAGAGGUGACUCACCCAGUGAUGCAGUCAUCAUGGUAUUCUAGGUCUCAUCUCUGCGCAAAGGACUUGUGUCUUCUCCAAGUGCUCAACGAAACCACUCAUUCCCGCCGCUAGUCCGCAUCUUGAUCCGCUCCCGA